GUGUGUUUUAUUUGCUACACGCAGGUAAACAGAAAGAACAAUGUGAUCCUGGUGGCAGAUGAGGCGAGAUUGUCGGGAUGGAUGUGACAAGUUUUGAAAUGAAUUAUGAUAUGUCAAUUUUUAAUUCGCUUCCGCAAUAUUGUUGAAUACUCCGUACUGUAUAUGUUAUGAAAAAAUAUUAUUGUGAUAAAUAAAAGUGUUUGAAAAGUUUUAAAUUUUUACGAUUUCCAAAUUAAUACUUUAGUCCAAAAGGGGCUGCAGACCUGGACGGAUUAGGGUGUUACACUAACUCGUUUGUUUGGGUUAUAAAUUACAUUGAAUUGAUCGGAGCUCUAACAACUCGCCGGAGAACUGAUCGGUAUUUACAUGGAUGGAAUGUUCGGCUUUCGUUCCGCGCCGGACUACUCCGACCGGCACCUCAUCUCGCCGGACGAUCUGUUCGACUGCAGCUACGGCAUGAUUGCUCCCUCCGUCGAUCGGAUUCCGAUGUUCUGCUCCGACGACCUUGCCGCCACCGGCAGCUUCCAUUGCUCCGUGGAUUCCGACGCUCAUCGGCGAGGCGGGAGUCGGCUCGAGGAUGCGGCGGCGGCGGCGGCGGAGGGCGGCGGCGGUUACGAAGACGGCGGUGUUGGCUUAAUCAAAGAUAGAAUCGCGUCCCACCCUUGUUAUCCGAAGCUUCUAGAAGCCUACAUCGAUUGCCAGAAGGUGGGAGCGCCGCCGGAGAUCGCGGCGUUUCUGGAUGAAAUCCGGCGAGAAAACGAAUUGCGUAAGCAUGACGGCGUCGUGUCUACGUGCUCAGGAGUUGAUCCAGACCUUGACAUUUUCAUGGAAACGUACAGUGAAAUGUUAGUGAAAUACAAAUCAGAGCUCUCGAGGCCGUUGGACGAAGCUAUGACCUUCCUCAACAACAUCCAAACUCAACUUCGAAACCUCUGCAAAGACGAUGGUGUGCCUUCCUCAGAUGAUGAUGAAAACAGCGACGGGGAGAUGGAGGAAAAUGAUGGCGGCGGCGAAGAUGGGGAACUCAAGAACAAGCUCCUGAGGAAAUAUGGCGGCCAUAUAAGUAACCUUAAAUUCGAGUUCUCAAAGAAAAAGAAGAAAGGGAAGCUCCCAAAAGAUGCCAGACAGAUUUUGCUUGAGUGGUGGAAAGCUCACGAUCGAUGGCCAUAUCCUACGGAGGGAGACAAGAUAUCUCUAGCAGAAAUGAGUGGGUUAGACCAGAAGCAGAUCAACAAUUGGUUCAUAAACCAGAGGAAGCGACACUGGAGACCCUCCGAACACAUGCAGUUGGCUGUCAUGGACACCCUCGCCGGACAAUUCUUCUCCCUUAAUGACUAGUAGUAGUUAUUAUCAAUACAAUUAUUAAUAAUAA